UUGGCAGCAAGAACAAUAAUGUUUACGAACUAGCUUGUACCGUGCAUGUUUUGUUACAGAGAAUGGCUAUAAAACUAAACUCGUAUAUGCGUCUGUUGAGAUAACUGAGAGAUAAGACGCUUGUAGUCCGUGUGUAUUUGUUCACCGUCGCAGAGGUUUGGCGCUGCUAAUGCGCGCGACUUUUCAAAGUGGGCGAGUCUGCGGCUCUUAAAGAGGACGUCUGACCGGGCCAGCCGGUUGUCUUACAAAGUUUAGUGCUUGGCCAAAAUACAUGCAAACCUUCGUUAAACUUUUUAUGAAUCUACAUCUUUGAUCGAAAGUAUUUGUUCUAGCUCUUUCACGACCAGACCUUUUUCUUUCUCCGUCGGAGUCAUUGUUGCUAAGGCAAGCUAAUAACAUGCCCAGGUUAACGGUGCCUCUUGUUAGCUAGCUUCACUGCUUUGUAAUGUAAACAGUACUUAGCUUAAUGUGGCCAGCAGUUAAUAACGCCACGUAACUUAACUUUACCGUAUAAGUAAAGGAAUAAGCAAUUGACCAAAAGAAGCGUCUUUCCCAUUUAUGCCAACAGAACAUCACCCUAACGUACAUCAACAGGCUCUGCAUCAUGUCUAUUGAUUUUGACAGUGCGGCUCUUCAAACCCAGCAUGAUGAAGAAGAAUACGACCAGGAGGACUAUGCAAGAGAGCAAGAGCUACAGAAAUUGCUCACAGACCUGCCCGAUGACAUGCUGGAGGACAGCAGAGACUCCUCCCUAGAGCUGGAGUACUCUACCUGCAGCAAUAAAAACACUGGCAACAGUCCACAGUCCACAUGGACUCAGCAAUGGUCAGCUCAUCCAAGGCAAACCUCUCAUGAACAGAACUAUGAAGUUGACUUUGAUCAACGCUCACAUGAUGAGUAUGCUUAUGAGGAUGGAGCUGCUCCGAUCAGUGGACAUCGGAGUCAUCCUCAAAGUCAACCUCUGCCUCACACCUGGAACCAGCAGCCACAGGAUCAUCAGUUUACCCAGGGAGACUAUACAUACACCAGCAUAGGCACAGAGAAAUCUACAGAGACAAAUGAUUUCUCCACCAAUGAGUAUGACUCUAAAUCAUACCCUCAAGGCACUAAUAACGCUGUAGUGUAUAAUGGAGAAGUAGGAAGAAGAGACAACCUAAACUCCCGGGAACACACCAACGACAGAAAGCAUUGUCAAGAUUUAAACUCUGGAAUGGGGGACAGAGUUGUAGAUCAGUACAAGGCCAGCUACAAUCCUCACCAUCCUGCCCAUCAGCCAAAGAUGUUUAACUCACAGGCCGCUAACCAAGAAGGUCAACUUGACCGUCUGCAAAGAGAAUUCCUUGACUCGACACAACAAACUGCUGAUAGGGAGCAGCUUGCCCAGCUCCAGAUUUUAAACAAGGCUCAACAGAGGCAAAUUGAAGACUUGGAACGAAAGAUGGAGGAUUCAAGACGUAAUAUGAGAUAUCUCGAGCAUCAGUUUGCAAUAGUCAAAGAUGAAAAGGAUGGGCUUGCAGUAAGUCUAAAGGAAUCGAGUCGAUUGGUUGAAGAGGCCAAGGAGAGAGAGGUUCAAAUGCAAAACAAGUUGAGGGCAAUGGAGCAGCAAAUACAAGUCCUUACUGAAAGAGACCAGGAGAACAUGAAGAAGCAAAGGGUGGCAGAGGCUGCAGUGGACAGCAUGAAACAGCAGAUGUUGGAGCUUUGUCGUUCCGACACGUUGUCCAGAACGCGGGAGCAGCAUGACAGAGACCUUACUGUCAUAAAGGAGCAGCAUGAGUCUGCACUGUUGACACUACAGCAGAAACUAGACUCUACCUCUCAGGCUCUGAACGAACAGAUUGAUGUUGGUCAGAGGUUGCGAGAGCAGGUGAAGCAGCUGGAGCGCCAGAAAGAAGAAGAGCAACUGGAGAGAGCCAGAGUCGUUAACGCCCUCACUCAGCGUCUGGAGGAGAGUCAACAACAAUGUGCCAAGCUGCUGCAGACAAGUUCAGUGCAGGAGACAACUCAGAUGCAAAUCAAACUACAACAGGCUCAAUCAGCCAAGGCCCUGAGUGAAAUGAACAAAGUCUUACAGGAGGAUCUAGCCGAUUUGAAGGAGCAGAUCACUCUGUAUGAAUCUGCUGUGAAACAUGGUGUUAUUGCAUUAGACCUGAGCAGUGACUGGGAGAACCAGCUGUCUGAAUCCUGUGUGGAUUUAGGAUUAAAGAAAACAAACAGGAAAAAUGGCAUGCUUCACAGCGCUGCCCUGGCUCACCUUUCGGACUCCAAGCUGCCCAAAGAUGAAGCGUUGCGACUGCUGCGAGUGGAGAUGCAGCGGUGCCUGGGUAGUCUGAAGGGAAAGCGGACAAAGAUCAGUCAGCUGCAGGAGGAGCUCCAGCUCUCUCAGGGUCGAGUGAACGAGCUCCAGACCCAGUUAGAUGAAGCCAAGCUCAGUUCUUCGGUCAGAGAGACGAGCCAGAUGAAACAUGUGGACUUAUGCGGAGUGCCUCAGAAAGAGUUGAUGCGACUACAAGAAGACAAUAGACACUUGCAGGAACAAGUGGAGGUCUUAGAAAAAAAGAAUAAGGAGCUGAAACAGAGUGAGGAAAAGGUGAAGUCUGCUAACUCUGAGCUUUGCACCAAGAUGAGGGAGAUGAUCCAGGAAUUAGACCAAGAGAAGCAGGAGGCAGCUGAGAGAUCUGAGCGUAUUCAUCAGCAGUAUAGGGACGAUGUCGUGAACCGGAUCAGAACGGAGCUCAUGCUGGAACACAAUGGUCUUGUUGAACAGCUGACUGCACAGCACCAACAGCAGGUCCAACAGUUACAGACCCAGCUGUCUGAGGCCAAUGAUAAGAUGUUGGCUGUGCAAGAAUGUUACAUAUCUGUCUGCAAGGAAAAGGACAUGCUUGAAGAAAGUGUACGCAACAGGAUGAAGGAGGAGGCUUUGAUCAGGGAAAAUGAGCAAAACAUGAGAGAGGAGAGUGGCACAGCUAUGGAGAAGCUGCGGGCUGAGCUUGAGGCUCAGCAUCAGGCCUCAAUAAACCAGCUCAAAGCUCUCUGGUCCAAAGAAAAGGAGACAGAGAUCCAGCUGCAGGUGAACUCUCAGGUAGCCGUGGCCAAGGCUGCUUGGAAGGAGGAACUACAAAAGAUAGAGAAAACCUGGGUCCAGAAGCUGGAGGAGGCUAGGAGAGAGAAACACAGGGAAACUGCUGAGGCUACCUGUCAGGCAGAUGAGACUGAGGCCAGCAGUGUGACAAUUUCUGUUGAGGAGCUGGACUCCAGGCUCAGUGCCCAGAAACAGGAGCUGCAACUGGAAGCUGACAAAGUCAAACGCAAAGCUGUGGAGGAAGCAAGGAAACAAACCCAGAGAGAGCUACAUGAGAAACACUUGGAGGACAUGGCCAAACAGGUUGAAGGUGCAGUAACGAGGGCCUACAAUCACUGGAUUGAGGAUUUCACUUCAUUACCAGAAUACCAAGACUCUCUACAAACAGAGAGGGAGAAAUGGGAAGAAGUAGAAGAAAAACACACCGAACAAAGGAUAACCCAGGCUCUGAAGGAGGCCGAGGAGCAGUGGCAUAAGAAGCACAAGAACCAGUUGGAGGAGCAGAGCUCUGGAACACAGAGGGUGGAGGAGCUCCAAGAGGAGGUGGCAGCUCUCCAGACUCAGCUGGAGCAAGUGAGGAGAGAGCAAACGGCCCUACUGAAGGCUGAGCUGGCCGGAGCUAAAGCAGCCUGGAACAGAGACAAACAACAAGAGAUCUCUGCCAUGCAGCUCCGCAGUGAGCAGGUGCAUCAAACCAAGGUGCAAGAGCAGUGCAAAAAGCUGGAGCAGGCUUUGCAGCAGGCCAGAGAGGACUUGGCCCUCCAGAAAAAGGAGCUGCUCUUGCAGAUGGAGGCCAAGCUACAGCAAACGCUGAGGGCCCGAAAGGAAGAGUGGAGAUGUCAGCAUGCAGAGAAGGAGCACGCCAGCAGACAGCAGAUGAGAGGAGAAUUACUAGCAGAGCUGCAGACUGCUCUGGCAGAGGUCCAGGCACAACUUCUCAGAGAUCCCAAAACAGAUCAGCAGGACACUGAAGACAUCAGGAGGAGCAGCGGGGCCACAUCAGAGGGCACAAUAACACACAUCAUCCAAACAUUCUGCAAAGACAUAGUCAACAGAGCAGUAUCUCAAGCCAAGACCGAGUGGAAGAAAAUAAGUGAGGAGAGACUGAGUCAUGUGUUAAAAGAAACACAGCAACAGCAUGAGAGAGCAAUCAGCAAAAUGCAAAGCUCUUUGUCCCAGAGGAAGGAGCAGACUCGUUGCAGAAAGGAGUGCUCUGAGACUGUAAGUAAGCUGCAGAAGAAGAACCAGGAGCUCCAGAGACACUUAGAGAAAGCCUGUCGUCAACUCCAGCACAGCGUACGAGAGCACAAAACUGCAAUGCAGAAUCUGAAAGAUCAGUAUGAAAGCGGCUUACAAAAUGCAAAAGAGGAACAUCUGCAGCAGCUAGAGGACGUCAAGAGAGCCAAAGAAUCCUCAGGGAAUUCUGAGCAGCAACAAAAUCUUCAGCAAGGCCUUGAGGAGAUGAAACAGCAAUACCUGAUGACUGUAGAAAAGAUCAGAGGAGACAUGCUGCGUUACCUCCAGGAGAGUCGGGAGCGAGCAGCAGAGAUGAUCCGUGUGGAGGUGCAGAGGGAGAGGCAGGACACUGUCAGAAAGAUGCGGCGCUAUUAUCUGACCUGUCUGCAGGAGAUACUGGAGGACGGAGGAAAGACUACAGGGGCUGAAAAGAAAAUAAUGAAUGCUGCAAGCAAGCUGGCAGCCAUGGCUAAAGUACUGGAGACGCCUAUCAAAAGUAAAUCCGGAAAGAACUACAGUCUACAGACUGACUGCCCUCCAGGUAGACACGCAGGUUUCACUAAGAACCUGUCCACACUAACUGAGCUUCCUGACAUCAGGCCAGAGGAGGGACCCCACAGGGAAAAGACUUGUGCUGAUUCAGAGCAGAAAUCAACCGCAGAAGCAAGAACUAAACCUUUACGUUACCAGGACAUUUCUGCAACUGGGAAGGAGGAGGCCUCCAUGGAUGCAGGGCUGAAACACCAAACUGCUACAUACACACACCUCCGCUCUUACAAACCUCAAGAGAUGGCUUCUCCAUCCCAGGUGGAUUUUGUCAGUUCUUCUGUGAGGAGUAAAAGCAGGGAGCUGUACCUGCAGGGAGUUGACAACCGCCUCGACUCAGGGCGACAGAGCAAACCCUUUCUCAUCCAGGAGGCUCCUGUCCGAGAUGAGAAGCGGACGGACUGGAGCAUGACCAGUAGUGACUCUGACACGGGCUUGCAGGUCUCCACGCUUUCCUACUCAGGGAAGAAAGUAGAACCAGUGAAGCCGUUUUCUGCCAGUGACUUAGCAGAGUUUGGUGACCUCACCCCGGAUGUUUCUGACAUGACUGUUUAUAAUGAAAUUGCCAAGAAGACACCUCAUACCCAGACCAUGAACUUCCACCAUGCAAAGAUGAGUACACACAGAGAGCCCACCCCCGGCUCUGAGGGUGAGAAGCAGCAUGGAGUUUAUUCCAGGCCUCUGUUCUCUGAGUUGAGACAGCGGCAGCAGGACAGCGGCUUCGACAGUCCGUUCUACCAACAAAAAUGACAGUGAAGUAGGGAGCUUGGAACUGAACCAUUUCAGUCAGCUGACCAAAUAGUGCCUUUAAUACAGUGUGUAAAGUUUACAUGAUGUAGAACCUUUGCCUUCGUAGUCGCCUGCGGCGUCUUUUUGUGUUGUGUUUAACAUCGUUAAAGGAAUAGUUUGGAAAUUUUGGGAAACAACUAUUUGUGAGUUGAAAAGAUUCUCUCAUGUCUGUACGCUCAGCAUAAGGCUACAGCCAGCAGCUGCUUAGCUUGGCAUAAAAACUGUAAACAAAGGUAAUAAAAUCCAACUUUAAAUCUCACUAGGUAGAAAAUUUUAUCUUAUUCAGAGAGCUGUUUUCCCCUGUUUCAGUUUUUUUGCCAAGCUAACUGGCUGCUGUUGGUAGCUUCAUAUUUAUUAUACAGACAGUCUUCAUUUGACACUCAACAAGAAAGUGAGUGAGCAUAUUUCCCAAGCUUUGGCGAAUGAUUGCGUUGAUGCUUGAUGUUUUUGUAAAAGCAGCACUGACCACAUUUUAAACCUCGUACUGGCCUGAUAAUCUCUCACUUCAGGCAUAACUCACACUUAAACAGCAAAACAGGUUCUGUAAAUAUUUGAAAAUAUCUUUUGGCCUCUAACACUCCUUUUCACAUUUCAGUUUACCUACUUAUUGCACUGACUAAACCGCCAAAAACACCGAAAAGUGUUUUUCAAAGAAAAUGUAUUUUCAGGUCAGUUGCUGUUGCUCUGCCAUUCUUAACCCUGAAUCAGAGAUAGGCAGCUUUACAAAACCACGUGUGCUGGAUAUGGUGUAGGCUCUGUUGCUUGUGCAACACUUAUGUCACUCUGUGUUCUCUUUUCUCUCUCUGGGAUCAGAAAGAUUUAGAGACCAGUGAUUCUGUGUCUUUUAUAUUUUGAAAUAUUUUAUAUCACGUCAAUGAGAUAUGUUGUGCAUAAAUUGUAAAUGUGUUUUUAUAAUUGGCUUUAAUUCAUUUUAAUAAAUCUUAUCAUAUUUGCAAACUAA